UCUUUGACCCUUUAAAAGGCAGCAAACAUCAGACCAGCAGGCGAAUAUAAUAAAACUUCCUCGUUGGGUCUCUCGCUGUCAGGAAAUUCCACCUCUGGAGGUUUCGAUUAAUGUAAUCGGAGCUGAAAAAAACAUUAUUCAAACAAGAGAAAAUAAUACUACGAAUUAUUAUGUCUUGUACAUAACACGCAUUUAUAUAAACAUGGGAGUAUUCAAACCUUUUGCAGCUGAGUUAUAUAUAUCAAUAUUUUCUUUAAAUAGAGCAUUUAUUGUGUAGUUUGAUUUACAUCUGUAAACAAUUCUGCGGAUCAGAUCUAAACUGACUAUUCCUCUGCUACAGGCCUGACUGGGGCUUUUUUUGGAGAGAAAUGAUCUGGAAAAGACUCAAAGUCGAGACGAAACAAAGCUGCUCCUUCUUAUCGGCCAACAGGGGGACCUUCUUAUUGUACAGACACCGAGUUGGACGUUCACAUUUCCAUUCAGCAGAAUCCCCAACAUCACAAGUCUCACAGGUCAUUUAUAGGAUUUCAUUUACAUGGAUGUGGAUGUGGGGUAUUCUAGUCACUUAUCACAAAAGAUGUUUCCUCUUAUUCCUAGAAAGAAUGCUUAUAUAACUAUUUUACUGUGAAUAUCAGGAAUUAGCUAAACAUUAACCAGUCUUGAUACCGUUAGGAGGAUCUCCAGUGUUAGCGAAAAACAGAGCAGUUGUCCUCUUUUUACCUUUACCAGUACUUUGGAACUGUCCAGUCUGCCAUAGAAAUCAAUUCCUGAGGGCAAAGUUUGAUGCUUCUGCUCUAAAGUGUAUAUAAGGCUCCAGCCACUUGUGGCCACCUGAGACAGAACAUAGACGAGACCACUUUCAGAUCGGAUAAGCGUCUGCCAGCAUUGUUGAAGCUAUGAUAUCAAUCAAGGUCACAGUGAUGGUGGCGACACUUGUUACUCUUUGCAUCCUGUCUACAGACAUGCAGCCAGCGCACAUAGGUUGCUGUCGAAGAUACACGGUUGGUAGGAUCCGGUUUCAAGAUAUCAAAGGUAUCUCAGUGCAGAAUAGCACAGAACAAUGUCCCUUUAGUGCUAUCAUUUUCCACACAGCAAAAGGGAAAAGAUGUGUCAACCCGGCUCUGGAAUGGGUGAUGGACUGCGUCAACCGAAUAGAAUAUAUCUCACUAAAAGUUAAUCAGAAGGCCCAAGAGAAGGAUUAGAGGCUCCAGAAAAAGAGGCAGCAGAGGAUGCAGAGGCCAGCUACUAA